CGAGAAGGCAUUCAGCCAAAAGAAUCAGCGGCUUCAGGAUAAGAAACCGCCAUCAUCAUAACGAACGCCAUGCCACCCCACACACCCUCCGAGUCAGAAAUCCUCACAUCGUACCUCCUCCACCCGUCACCGCUCCCGACAAUCCUGCCGUACAAAUCCUUCCUGGCACUUGUCCCUCCCAGCGCGUCGUCCUCUGCACGACAGCACCCGACCGAGCUGAAGCGACUGUACCGAGACCUGCAGUUUCAGAGGGACAUUGUCAUUGACGACGUGAGACGACGGAUCGAAGACGAGCGUCGUCGCAGCGUCGAACUCACAGCGCGGCUGGGGAGGCAGAUUCGCCGGGAGGAGGAGGGAUUGAGGAGGGGCAGGAAGCGGAAAAGGAAGGAGGGUAGCGCUCGCGGCGACGACGGUGACGACGGCGACGACGAUGAGAAGUCAGAUAGUGACGUCGAUAAGGAGGAACAGGAGACACAAUUCGACACGGCGCUCCACGACGGACGAGCGCUCGGCAACACGCUGCCCACCGCGACCGCAAAGCACAACCAUACAACCACCACACUCCUCGCUGCAAUGGCCACCGCCGGUGAGGACCUCACCGCCGAGAUCGCAGACCUGGAGGCCCAGAUCGACGCGCUGCGCACGCAGGCCAAGGACACCAUUGGGAACCUGAGUGACUUGCGAUACGGACGGUUUGCCAUGUCGAGCGGGCGGAUGAGCGGAGACCGGAAGAGCAGCGGCACAACCACCACGCACACCGACACUGCCAAAACCAGGGACGAGCUGCUGGACGAGUUCAAAGACGAUAUGGUAGCUGCAAUCAAGGGGUUGAAAGAUAACCUGGUGAAGGCAAUGUCGUAAGGGCAGACACGCGAAGAUUCGGGAGAGGUCAAAGGAGAUCGGAAAAGAAUCAUGUUCGUGAGGUCCAUAACUACGCUGUUUCAUGAAGUAGAGUGACUGGGCAAGCACCAGCUCAGGACCACGUCUUGGUUUCCA